GGGAAGCUGACCGAUUUCCUCCUAUACCUCCCCGCCUCUACCUCCCACGAAUCUCUCUCGCUUCCUCUUCUUCUUCUUCCAUCUUCGUCUUUAUAUAUACCAUUCUGCGCUUCCCCUAAGCAGAAAGCGAGAGGAGGAUACAAAACGCUGCAAAGAAAAAGCAAAAAAAAUUAAAUUUGAUGAAAAUUUCGAAGCGAGAGGAAGUUGAAGAAGUCGAUUUGAUGGUCAUCUGAUCUGCGGCUGCCGAUUUCCGGAUCUUAGCGAGAGAUAGAGAGAGGGAGAGAGGGUUGGGAUUAGUUCGCCUACAUUCCAAAAGCGGAUCUCUGAUCGACUGGUGAGCGUUAUGCAACCAAUUUCAGGAAGGGGAAUGGAGUCCGAUUCGGGGAAGCUUUUCAUCGGGGGGAUUUCGAGGGAUACCAAUGAGGUCCGCCUACGGGAGUACUUCGAGAGCUUUGGGGAAGUUUUGGAGGCGAUAAUCAUGAAGGACAGGAUAACUGGGCGUGCUCGGGGCUUCGGAUUCGUGGUCUUCGCAGACCCUUCUGUUGCGGAGAAAAUUGUCAUGGAGAAACAUCUUAUUAUUGAUGGCAGGAUGGUGGAAGCCAAGAAGGCUGUUCCCCGGGAUGAUCACUGUAUACUUAAUAGAAACAGCAACAGCAUCCAUGGUUCUGCUCCUGGUCAAAUGAAAAAGAUUUUUGUGGGAGGACUUGCUUCAACUGUGACAAAUUCAGACUUCAGAAGAUACUUUGAGCAAUUUGGAACCAUUAAUGAUGUUGUUGUCAUGUACGAUCACAAUACGCAGAGGCCGAGAGGGUUUGGAUUCAUAACUUUUGAGUCAGAAGAAGCUGUCAUUAAGGUGCUGCAAAAAUCAUUGCAUGAACUGAACGGAAAGAUGGUGGAGGUCAAAAUAGCCAUUCCUAAAGAGCUCUCACCAGGGCCUGCAAUGAGGUUACCAAUUGGGGGAUUAAAAUAUGGUGGACUGAAUAUAAUGAAUAGCAUUUUAAAUGGAUACAAUCAGGAUUACAAUCCAAACUUUCUGAGAAUGGAUGGUAGAUUUGAACAAUUAACAGGUGUAAGGAAGGGAUUUUCUCCUUUCAUUCAAAGAUGGAGUUUAGAGCCUGGGAUGAGCCCAACUUAUAGUCGGAAUUCAAGUUUCAACAGCGGCCUUGGUUAUGGAAGGGCUUUAAGCCCAUUUUUUAGUGAAAACUCAAGCAGCAUUGAAAAUCCUGGUUCAUCAUUUAGCUCAGCUGCUCGAUGUCUAUUGGGAAAUAUUGGUCUUGGCUACGGUACCGAUUCUAGGGAUUUAAACUCUUUCAUGAGCUCAGGAAUUGGGGGCCUUGGUGGAUUUGGCAACAAUGGCUUGAACUGGGCCGACUCAUCCUCUCCUCCUUCAGCUAAUGGAAUUAGCAGUCUAGGCUUUAUCGGGAAUCCAAAUUAUGAAAAUGCAGAGAUUGGUUUUGGUUUGGCUACUGGAAGCUAUGGAAGAAACAUUGGCAUUAGUUCAGCCAAUGAUUCCUUUGCUACAACAGCUAAUGGUUAUCAAGGGAACUAUUCAGAUGGUGUUGGUGGUUCUAUUUAUGGAGAGUCUACAUGGCUGUCUGCAUCGUCUGAUCUUGAUCACUUUAGUCCUUUAGGUUAUGGGCCUCGAACUGCGUCUCCAGAUUUCUCGGCUAGGGUUGGUUCACCGGUUUACAUGGGUGGUUAUAUUGAUUCAAAUAGGCGGAUGAGUAGAGGAGGUGCAAUCUAGGAAGGAUUCAUUCUUUUGGUGACAGAUUUUAUAAUAGGUGAAGAAUUCAGCUAAACAGGAGAAAAAGAGAAAUUUUUCAGUUAAUUAUUUUGAGCUAACCUGAGAGUUAGCUCCAUUUACUCAAAUUUGGUUCCCACAAGUAUAGGAUUCUGUCCAAUAUUUGAGUUUUGAGUUUAUUUCUACAGCUGAGGUUAGGCUUUGCUUUCUUUGCGCAUGUGUUAGAGAUGCAAAACCAGAUUGCAGAAUGUGUUCGGAGCGUUUGAUUUUUAUUCAAGUUAUAAGAGUAUACCUUUUUUUUCCAUAAAUAACGGAAACUUCGGUUCUUUUAUGGAAAUUGUCUGUUUU